ACACGCAUUCAUGCAAGAAUCCGUUGGUUCCCAAGCGGUGGUGUUUGCUGGGAAAUCUCAGACCGGGAUCAACAAUGCUCAAAUGUGGACUUUGCCGUGAUGGUGUAUGGACCAGAAAUGUGAGCUUUACAAGUCAGAUUUAUUGCUGCCCUUGGUGAGCAUGGGUUGGUCAAAGACAUGCUAGUUUACAGUUAACCAAUCUCAAAAAUGGCUUUGAGCGUGAACCGGGCUCUGGUCCUGAUUCUGUUAAUCCUCGAUGCGAUUGCUCUGAAGGCUUACUCCAAAUAUGAAGGCGAUCCUAAAUUUAUGAAAUCGGGUGUGAAGAGGAAUCCUCAGAAUUUCAACAUCAUGAAGCCCAAGGAGUUUGCAGAGGAUGAAGAGAGUUCGACUCGAGAAUUUGUUUCUUCGGCCAAUCCUGAUCUGAGAUUGCUCAAUUUUGAUGAGGACUACGAUUUCAAUCUGCUUCCCCCAAGGAAACCAGGACAACCUGUGAUAGUCAACGUGUCGCUUAACCUUCGCAAUGUCCUUCAAGUUAACGAGAUCACCCAGAUAGUGACUAUGGAAAUAUCUAUCCGCAUGAAUUGGUUUGAUAAACGUAUUCGAUUGAGCGACCAUGCCCUGGCUCAUAUGCAUGAUGACGAGGACUUCUUGACCUUGAACCCACGACUAGGACGGCACUUCUGGAUCCCAGACAUUUUUAUUGACCAGGCCAAGGACCUUCGAGAGCCCACGUUCCACGUUCUUCCGGCCUCGUUACGGGUGCAUCGGGACAGUAAUAUACGAUUCGCAGCCAGAGUAAACUUCGACGUGGCAUGCAAUAUGGACUUCCGGAAUUACCCGGGUGACACCCAAACCUGCGACAUCAAGUUCGAAAGCUUUGGAUACACAACGCGCCAACUCAACUUCAAUUGGCACAACAGCUCCAAUGUGAACGAGAACAUCAGUCUAGCUCAAUUUGAUUUGUUCGUUUCCAUGAAUGCGGGUUAUGACACAGAUUACUACGAGAUGGCUUAUCCUGGACUGAUCCUGACAUUGGUACUCAAACGCAAACUCAGCUAUCACGUUGUUCAGACAUUCAUUCCGUCAAUCAUUUACUUAACCGUGUCCUGGUUAGCUUUGUUUGUUCCUCCGCAGUCCAUUGCAGAACGGCUGGCCAUGGCCAUGACAAUAAUGCUCACUCUUACAGCCAUGUUUGCAUCCGAAAGGCAAAGCGUUCCACGGGUCAGCUAUGUCACUCAUUUAGACGUGUGGAUGUUGACUUGUGUCUUCUUUGUUUUUGUGGAAUUGGCUGAAUUCACCUUUGUUCUGCACUUGGCUAUGAAUCAUAAGGAACGCUUAACACCUUGGGUAGAAUCCACGGCUAAAAUUGUUCUUCCCAUUCUCUUUAUUACUUUCAACAUUGUUUUUUGGUACAGGGUAUUGUCAGAACGCAUGAGCCAUGGAGUGUAGCCCAUAUUUAUCAUCAGAACACAAAGGCAAUUUGUUUUGCAUGACCGAUCAAGAUGCAAUACUGAAAUAAAUUCACAACGCAAGUA